GGGGAAGGGGCGUAACCCAAUUUCGAGCUGCACAGCUGUCUAGGGCUGCAAGACGGGAGCGGUAGGUUCAGCUUCCCGCUCCCAAGGAGCUGGGACUUGAGAGACGUCCGUAGUCCGGCAGAGGCGAAAGGUGUGAACCGCAAGGUGUCUGGAAGCUUCUCCCCGCGCUCCCGAGAGCGGCAAGAUCCUGGAGUUUGCAGGGCCAGCAGGCAAUCUGGACGUGGAGACUGUGUGUGUGUGCCCCCACCAGGAGCUCGUCAGGUCCUGAUGAGUUUGCAGAGAACCAUGGCCAUCCUUGGGUAGGUUGAUCAUCCCACUACAGAAGAGUAUUCUUUAAAAAAAAAAGAAACAAACAAACAAAGAAACUGAACUACAAAAGGGCUUUCUUUCAUGGAGAAAGUAGAGGAACUGCAAACCAGAGAGGACUUGGAUGUUUUUUAUCCAGAAAGAGUCACCAAAAAUAUCUUUGUGGAAGAAGGGUACUCACAAAAAGAAUAACACACACACACACACACACACACACACACACACACAGAGAAAAGCCCACUGCCCUUUGGGAUGAAAUUUUUAUCAACUGUCUUUCCAUAAACGACAAUAAAAGGAGAGCCAAUUUUGUUUUCCAGAGACUGAAAGAGUGUAAUGCAAAGUAUGGAGACCACAGUGGCAAAAAUUCAAAUAGAGAGUAAGGAUGAGAAGGAAUCUGUAGAGAUAAGUCCUCAGGCCGAGGAGCAGGUUGAAAAAGCAUCCAUGAUUUGUUUUAAAAGAAGAAGGAAAUCCGUCAAAGCUUUGAAGUCAAAGAAUUGUUCUGAAAGAGAUCACCCAGCAGCCCAUCAUCCAGGUCCGUGCAGUGCCAAGGAUCACACAGAAGUGGAAGCUUCAGAUCAGUUUCAGUCAGCAGGGGGGACCUGGGCAUCAAUCCGACGCCUCAUCACUCGACAGAAAAGGUCAAAAUCUUCAAAGAAACAAGUCCCCUUAGAUGCUAAAGCAGAUCCUAUAGAAAACACUGAGGACACCAAACCUGUUAAGAAAAAGACGCGCUCCAAAAUGAAAAUCCCCUGCAUAAAACUUUCUAGACGGAAGAAAAAAUGUAGCCAUUCCCAAAUGACUGAAGAAUCUGAAUGCAAUCUGAAAGUUAAGGAAGUUACAGACAGCUUAGAUACAAAGAUUCAAACUGGUCAGGAUGAUACAGCAGUAAAGGAUAAAUUAAUUACAGACAUAAGUGGAGGUAGCAUCCAGGGAGACAAUGUAAUUGUGCCCCAGGUUAGUAACAUCAGCUCUUCUGGGGAGAAUGUGGCUUCCAUAGAACUUGGAGCUGAUAAUGAACCUAGCACCAUUCAUACUGCAGCAUUAAUCCUUGAAAAAACUAUUGAGAAGAUGGAAGAGAAACAGGUUGUAAACCUUCAUCAAGAAAGCAUCCCCGAGGCUUCGGAAGUGGGACACCAGCUCCCUCAGGAGACAACAGAGAUCGAUGAUGCUGUGGCACCCGAUGAAAUCCCCCCAGAGACACCUGCAACUCCUGAGACACAGAUCAUGGAAGAAACAUCUAACAGUGUCAUAGAACAGGAACCAAAAGAGAAAGAACAUGAAAAUGGAGAAAGUGGUUUAGAAAAGAAUGAGUCAAAUGACACCACAGUAUGCUUCAGCAAAUCAGAUUUCAACGAAACUGCAAUGGGCACAAAGAUGCCCCAAUUGGAAGAAAGCAAAAGGAUGGAGCCAAUUGCCAUUAUUGUAACAGACACUGAAGUCAGUGAAUUUGAUGUAACGAAAUCAAAAAAUGUCCCUAAAAAGUUCUUAAUAUCAGUCGAAAAUGAGCAAAGUGAGCCAUUCUCUAAUGCUCUGUCAUCCACAGGGGUUAAUGAUUUUGAGGGCAGAACUUCUGAGCAGUAUGAGAAGCUUUUAAUGGAAACUGCUUCCUCACUUGUCAAGAAUGCCAUUCAGUUGUCUGUAGAACAACUGGUGAAUGAAAUGGAUUCUGAUGAUAACAAAAGAAACAAUCUUAUAUAAAAGACCAGAAUUUUAGCACAUGUUUUCUUUUCGUGGAAACCUAAUGAAGAAUUAUUUUACAUGUUAUGAUACCUUUAAUUCAGAUGACUCAUUAUGGAUAAAUUCCCAGGCUCCAAACUCAACAGCACCCAUUCUUGUCAAGUUGAGAUGAGAAUCUGACCCAGAAAUGUACCAUAUUGCUCCUUAAUGUUCUUUGAUGACAGGACCUUGUUUCAUAAAGCAAUUUAGUUGUGCACAUACAUCAAGCUUACAUUUGGUUUCAAAGACUUUUUUUUUUUUUACAAUUCAAUUUUGUUGUUCUAAUUGUGAAUAAGGUGAGCUAGUUUUGUAGAUGCGUGAAUUACUGUGAUUGAGUUAGUUAGCCAAUGGUCUUACUUCAGAAUCAUGUGCCAUAUUGCAUUUUCUUAAUUUCAGUGGCAUAUGUGUAUGUUCACAAAACGCAGUUUUAAUUAAGAAGAAGCAGUUUUCUAGUCUUGAUUCAUCUAAGCUAUUGGAAAAAAUUGCCUAAAAUGUCUUCAGAUAGCUUGGCAGCUGUAAACAUCUACCUUAACUUCUCCUUUUUUUCCUCUAAUCAAUGCCCUUGUUCCUCCUUUUCUAGAAGAGACAUCCUUGAUGGGAGGAAUAGGGAGAAUAGUGAAGUAUCUUUACUUAUUGCAUCACCACACCUUCUUAGGUCCUAGACCUAAGUGAUGAUGAAACCUAUUCCUUUCAGAAAUCACUCUGGAAUUGGCCACUUGUGGUUCUACCUCCCUCUAGUACAGAAAGCUGAAAGAAAAUGAGCUCCAAAGCUUAAAACCCUCUGAAGGGCUCAGCCAUUUUCAUUUUGGGACAGUGUCAGUCAAAUUGGGCCAAAACACCCAGUUACUUAUUAUCUCCUUUGUUAAAAUAGCAAUGUUGUUUCCAAAAAAAUCAUGGCAAACUGUUCUGGUGUUUGCAGAAAUAAUUUUUACUUAAGCGAGUCAGCAGCUUCAUGAUAGAGAAAGAUGGAUAAAGCAUUUUCCAUAUCCUAUUCAGAGAACAAGAACUUUUUUUUUCCUUCUUUCCAAAUAUAGCUAUACUGAUAUGGAAAAAGAUCUGUAUAACAAAUUAAAAGGAAGUUGGCGGUUUUGUUUUGUUUUUUCUUAAAGAGAGGGAAAAUAAAUACAUUAUUACCUUUUGUCAGUGGUAAGAGUUAAACCAAAUAAUUGAUAUGAUUGGCAGAAUUUAGACUAUCUUGAAAGGAGCACUGUGCCACAAUUAUUCAGGUAUAAUUUAGGAGAGAGGCCUUGUUAAUUGCAUUUCAUUCUGUUGUGAAGAAGGGGAGAGAAGAGAGGCUCAUGGUUUCUGUUCUUAUUAGUGAUUGCCUUUCUAGCUCAGAGGGAAUAAUUUUGCUGCUUCCAUGUCUAACCAGAACAAAUGCCCACAAUGUUUCAUAAGACUACCUCAUAGGUCAGUAUUUGGGUCCCAAAGCUUGAUUUUGGCAAGCUUCAAAUAGGGUGUUCCUGAAGGUAAUGAAAAGCUUUGACUGGAUUUGUAAGGUAUAAGAGAGUUUCAUGUCAGAAAGAAAAAAAAUGAGUCAUCUAGGCAAUUAGAAAUUAGUACUUGGUUGUGUGAAUUCUCAUAUUUUAAGGGUCAUAUACCUGUGAAAUCCAUUUUUGUUCUACUCCCUAUACACAGUUGCAGCAGAGAAAAUUCUUUACCCUGAAAUGGGAAAAAUAAACCAAUUGAUAGGCAUGACAAGCAAGAAUUUUAAUUCGAAUAUAAAAGGGCAAAGUUGCUCCCCUAGAUUUAUGUGUCCUUUGUUACUUCCAAAUAGGGAAAAUAUAUUAGCAUUUUCUCGUGCAAAUAUGUCAUUUACAGUUGUCUUCAAGGCUUAUUUUUUAUUUUAAAAACCCUUACCUUCUGUCUUAGAAUCAAUACUAAGUAUUGGUGCCAAGGGAGAAGAGUGACAAGGGUUAGGCAACUGGGGGCAAGUGACUUGGCCAAGGUCAGGCAGCUAGGAAGCGUCUGAAGUUACAUUUGAACCUAGGACCUUCCAUCUCUGGGCCUGGCUUUCUAUCCACUGAGGCACCUAUCUGCCCCAGUGUAUACUUUUAGGGAACACGAGGAAAGACCCCAAAGUCAGAUUCUUAAAACUGUAUAGAUUUUACUUUUUAAAAAAUCACUUUGGUCAGUUAUCUUGAUUAUAGUAUCUCUAAUUCACUCUAUCUGGUGCUAACAGAUUUGGAUGUUUUUUAUAACUACCAGCAAAUACUGUGCCAUAUUUAUGAAGUAAAGAAUUAAAAAACCCUUAUGUACAUCCUUAUGUACUUUCAUUUCAUGAAGGAUUCAGUAUCCAUUUAUUGCAAAUGCCUUUGUGCCAAUGGACUUAUUUUAAUUUUAAAUAAUUAUUCAAAGAGCAUCAAAGAUAGAGCUUUUACUAACCACUGAAAAUGUUUUGAAAGGAGUGCCAUACCAUUAAGCAAGCAAAAUUUACAAUAUAAAUUUUAUGUUGUACCAAUAGCACAUGAACAUAAUAUUAUCCACUAAAUGCAGAAAAUGACUUUUAAACUAGCUCUAUCAAUUGCUAUUGGUUUUUCACCAGUUUAAUAUCAGUAAUUAGCAUAUUACAUUGGAUUACUUUUACAAUGAGAUAUAUCGUUGGUUGCUUACAUACUAAAUUCAUUCUUCCAUUAUCCUGUUGUUAAGUGAUUAUCUAAUGAAAUUAAAUAGUACUCCAGUCAGAAAAAUUAGUCCAAAUGUAGAUUGAUUGAUUCUAUUCAGUUACAGACUUACAGCUUGAUGUGUCUUCUAAUGAGUUGUUCAAAUCAUUUUAUUAUGCUGGAAUUUAGGGGAUAUCAGUUGGGGUUUAGAAAUCUUUGUGUCAAAGAUUUCCUUCAGGAAUCAUGAUUGUUUUAAAACUAGAAGAAAUGUGAAGUUUUCUUUAUUCUAAUCCCAGUUCAUUUGUUAAUAUCACUGAAAUAACCAACCAGUAGAUAGUGUAAGGAGAAAAUGUUUAUUUUCAUACAAUUACUGAUUUGCAAAUGCCAAUCUUCAAAUAUGCCUGCUUGGGCUAGGAGUCAGAGUUUCACUUUGAUCUCCAAAUUUGGUUAGCCACAGUGGUUUACCAUGGGUUCAUUUUUUAAAAAACUCUGUCCCUGCUCUUGCAUUGAGAGCAUCAGUUAUCAGGUUUCAGUCUCCUGAAUAUCAAAAUUCCCCUCUGUUUUAUGCACAUUAUUCCCUUAGCAUUUUCUCAAAGCUCUUUACAAGAUAUAAAAAUAGCACCCACUAACAUUUAAGUAAAGGUGACAGGAAACAAAAGAACCUUCAAACAGAAAGUGUUCUCUGGCACCACCACCCCCUCUUCAAAGAAUAAUAAGCAUAUGGCAGAAAUUUCUGCCUGUGUGAUAUGGGCUAGAGAGCUACACACACAUUAUCUUUUGAGGUGAUCACUGCAGCACUGAUCACCAACUUAUGUCAACUAUGUUAAUUAAGUCUACUUAAUGGGGUCAUGGGAUUUUUCUAAUUAAUCAACAUAUGUUCCUGGUAAACAGGAUUAUUGUCUAGUCUGGGCUCCUGAGUGCAACACAGUGUUACUCUUAAACAGUUUGCUUUAAUUUUUUUUUCCCUAUUGGCUCCUUCUUAACAAUUCAGGACUCAUUACCAUUAAAAAAUCAGUUAACAUCUGAUUUUGCUAGGAACCAAAGUAGAAUACUGACUUUACAAUAGUUCAUGACCUUUAGGAUUCCCUGGUUUCAGAUACCCAAUUUCAUAGGGAUUAUCUAUAGUUUUGUCUGAUGCUGAAUGUAUUUUUCUUUUUUGCUAAAGAUCUUUGGUUUUAGAAUUCAUGGGAUAGAAACCCUCUAAGACAGGGAAACAGGGACUCUGAACCUGCGGCUUAUGAACUUAAAAAAAAAAAUCUUUUGACAAAUAAGGUCAAUAGAGUUGAUUUGCUUUAUAAUCCUAUAUAUUUUCUUUUAUGCAUUUAAAGACGUUAUUCUGAGAAGGGAGUGGGGGUCCAUAGGUUUUACUUGAUUGCUAAAGGAAUCCAUAUUAUGAAAAAGGUUAAUAAUCUCCUUAGAGAAUCUUACGUUUCAUUUUGUAAUGAUAUUCUAAUUUACUGUGUAACUUGGGUUUUGAAGGCUGCAUUGGAGUGUAUGCCUUUUUUUUUUUUAGUUUGCAUUUCCAUUUGAAGGGUAUUUAAUUAAUUUUUUAAAACCACUUGUUCACAUUAAAAACAUUUUGUGAGAGCCUACCGACUGAGCUCCUCAUCCCCCACAAUUUGGUAGACUUGACUUAUGACUCUCAACCUUCAAGGAACCCUGCAGGUUCAAAUAAGAUUCUGCCAUAAUACAACAAAAAACCUAGGACCACUCCUUUCUGGGCACACCUUGGUUUGAUUUCCAGACUUUGAACCUCACUUUUUCUUUAAACUAAAGUUUUUUAGAACUUAAAAAAAGAGGAUUGUAUAUAAAGCUAUAAAUCUCUAUUCCAUACUGCUUUAUAUUUUUAAAAUAUGUAAAAAAUUCAAAGUUGUCCUAUUUGUCUAUGUUCCUUCUGAAUAUUCCUCUCUUCUUUUCUAUGAAUUUUAAAAAAUAUAUAUAUCUAUAACCCCCUUUUAUUGGCAUCCCAAUUAGUAGCCUUCCUGUGUUCCCCAAAUCCUUCCCAAUUAAAAAUAGGGGAAGAAAGAAACUUUGUAACAAAUUCAUGUAGUCAAGCAAAACAAUGCCACACAACAGAUAUGUCCAAAAUUUUUCAGAGUUGUUUUUUUCUUUUUCAAUGUUAUUUUAAAAAUUAUUCUCCUGGUUCUGCUUAUCAGUUGAUAGGUCUUGCCUUAAUUAGCAAUUCUUUGCCCCCCCCCCCCAACUCCCUUUCUUGACCCACCCUUUCCAGUUAAAGUUUGUUUUAUUUUAAUUAUUUCUUCCCUGGUGUUAUCCUCUCUCUUAAAUCUACCCUUUUCUAUCGUCAUUAGUUCCCUUUUUUAGUUUAAUAUAUUUUCUGUGUUUGUGUGUGUGUGUGUGUGUGUGAGAGAGAGACAGACAGACAGCACAGACAGACAGACAGACAGAGCCAAGUACAUUUUUGCCUGGUUCAAAUAAAAGUGAAGUUCACUGCUACCUGCUCAUUCCACCCCUUCCUCCAUGUUUGUAUAUUCUUCUUGUGCUCCAACACUUUCUUCUUUCUCUGGAUAUUAGUAUACCUUUGACUCUCUUUUCUUUUCCUUUCUAAGAUGGUCAGAACAGAAUCUAUCUAUCCCCUGGGUCCACUCAACACCUUUCAAGGACAUUCAAGAUCUGGAAGAAACUUGUUUCUUCUUCCCCAUUAUAUUGGCCUUUCCAGGCAUGUAUUGGCUCAUGUGUUAGCAUUUCAGAAUUCUUACUCAGCUCUGGUAGCAUGAGGAAUACUUAGAAGUCCUCUACACCAUUAACAAUCAAUUUCCCCCCUUCAAGAUUAUACAUAGUUUUUAUAACAUAAGUUCUACCUGAUUAAAAGUUAUCAUCCUUUGCUUUUUAAAAUACUGUGCUCUAAGAUAUCUUUUCACUUAUAAUAGAAGUUGCUAGGACCUACCUAUGUGAUCAUCACUUUGGUACACUGGUAUCUGAAUGUUUUCUUUAUAAUUGCUUGCCAUAUUUUGUCUUUGACAUGGGAAUAAUGGAUUUUGCCUCUGAAAUUCCCAUGUAUUUUGAAUUUAGGAUAUUAUUUUCUUUCAAUAAGCAAUUGGUGGAUUUUCAUUUUCUCUCUCUCAACUUUGCCCUCUGGUUCUAACAGAUUAGGAAAUUUUCAUUUAUGAUUUCUUGAAAUAUAGUGUACAGAUUGUUGUAAAUGGUUUUUAAGAAGUCUGAUGAUUCUUAAAAUAGCUAUCCUUGACUUAUUUUCCAGGUCAAUUGCGUUUGAUGGUGAAUAGCUUACAUUUUCCUCUAUUUUUUUAAUGGCACCAUUUUGUUCUAAUAUUUCUUGUAAUUUCAUAGUAUUCUUGAUUUUUUGUAGUCUAUUCAAAUUUUCAAGAAUAUACUAUUUGAGUAAGAUUUACCACUUUCUGUUCUACGUUAUUUAUUCCUCCUUGCAAUUCUUUCCUCCAGAACUUUGAUCUCUUGCCUCAUUUCUUCUGGGUAUUCAUUUAGUUUUUGUUGAAGACUGAUUUUUUUUUUGUCCUUUGAAUCUCUGCUUACAGUUGUUGUGGAGUAAUUUUCUUAUUCCAGGUUGAAUAUUUUACAAUCUCUGAACCUAAUAACAAUUGAUAGUAGUCAGUGUAUUCUCAUGUUUACUCAUAUCUUCAGCCUUAGGCCCUAAAUUGGGGCUUUGUGCCAGGGCCAGGCUGUGUCCCCCACUACUUCUAGGUGGGGUAUUUGGCCUUUUGGUCUUGACCUGAGUCACUACAGCUCCUGAAAUGAACUCCACCUCCCAAGAUAUGUCUAUGCUAAUACAUUCCGUGGAUUUUUAGGCCCCCUCCUGGAUCUUUGAGAUUUCCGUAUUCUGGAUCAUCAGGGCUGUUCUAUAGAAAGACUAUAGAUGAUGUAGAAGGCUAGGGCCCUCAAAGUACGUGAGCCAAUCUGACUGUAUUCCAGGGAGACCUAUGAGUAUUUCUUGUAGGAGAGCUCUCGACUCUUGCUGUCUCUGGAUCCAGAGCCUUGCAGGCUGUUGGUUUCUCUGGUCUAUCCUUAGAUGUGCUGGGAAGGUUAUUUCUUGCUUGGCUUUGGUACAGGCUCUUUUUACAGGGCCCCUUUCUCAUUGCCUAUGGACUUCUGGCUGACUUUUUAAUUCUGGGGUGGAUUCAGUCAUUUACUGUAGUUUCUCAGUGGAUUUCUUGAUCAUUAUUCAGUCUGGUGCUAUCUUUUAAGUUUUUGCUGAAAUAGUUAAGUAGGAGCUGGAAUACCUGCAUUUGUUUAAGCAAGCCAUCUUGGCUGUCCUUGACGAUUCACUUUUAUAAAUGAGACUAUUUCAUAGAGAAGUUCUCAUGUAGUAACUGAAAUUUUUUAAGGGUCAGCAGAGAGCACGGAGUCAGAAGCCCUAAAUUCAAAUCUCUACCAGAUUAGAUGUUGGACAAAUCUUUGUCUCUCUGCGCCAUUGUUUAUUCAUUUAGAAAAUAAGAAGGGAUUGGAAUAGGUAGCCUCUAAGAUCCUUCUCAACUCUAAAGGGCUAUGAGCCUAUGGCAGGGGUCCUUAACCUCAGUUAAGAUUGAUUUUAUGGUGUCCAUGAACUUGGAUGGGGGAAAAAAAUCUUUAUUUUCAUGAACCUUUGGUUUUCUUUAUAAUCCUAUGUAGUUUUAUUUUAUAUGUUUAAAAACAUUUUUCUGAGGAGUCCACAGACUUCGCAAUAAUGCCAAAGGGGUCUAUGACACACACAAAAGUUUAAGAACCCCUGUUGUAUGUCUAUGAUUCUAUUAUCAAAUGGAAGUAUUAUUAAGUAUAAUUAAUUCUGCCCUGACCUAGCCAGAACUAAGUAAAUCUGAAAGUAUAUUGAGCUUUAAACAGCUCCAUGAUGUAUUCAUUUUGAAUUUGUGAACAGGUGCAGGAACAAAAUUCAAUGCUACAUAUAUUUAUAGUAGUACUUUGUCUUGAAAAUGUUAAGUAGAAGAGAUAUUACAAAAGUUCAAGUUGCAUUUGUGAUUCUCAUUAAAAUGGCUAUAGAGUUAUAUUUCUGUAGAACAGAAACUACUGUCAAAGAAAUUGUGAUGGAAAAAAGAUGUCUUAAACUGAAUUAAUAUGUAUAAAUUACUAAUACAGAUUAAAUAUGCUCUAUCGGGUCCA